CAACCUCUGUGCAGCUACUGGUGCAGGGGCGGCACUAACAAGUUACGGGAGGUUGAUACGUCAGAGCAACUGUGUCGUCCGCGGAAAAAAAAGAAGUGAGCUGAAGGGAGUGAUUAGACGAGCGAGGGUGAAAGAAGAGAGAAGAACUGCUUGCGCUCACAUGAAGGCAAGCGCGAGACGUUUGGAGAGCCAGUUGUGUCAAGCGGUUGAGUCGGCGCGCUUCAGCACCACUCCCCUGUCAAAGCCGGAGCCGGAUCCGUCUUCUCAUAGAACCUCUCUGACUGCUGCCACUAAGUGACGACUUGGGGAACCUCGAAGCUGUGGAUGCCAUCAGCAAAGGUCUUUCACUACCCGAAAGUGGGGGCCGGUCCAUGGACCUAAGCGUCUCCCAGAGGGUAAUUCAUCCAGGCCGAGAUUCGGCUAUGCUGGCCCCCCACUGUCCCUUAUUCCUGGGACCAUUUAGCUCUCAGCCCUUCUCCCAGUUUCCUUACCAACAGUUGCAGUACAACGCCGAACAAAGGCAAAGAGAGAUGGAGGCUGAGAAGCAAGAAGAGCUCCAGCAGCUAAUACGAAAGAGUAAAAACGAACAAAGUGCCGUCGCCAGUCCACUGGUGAGGCAGAAACUCAGAGAGCACAUCAUUAUGAAGAGCCAGCCCAGCCAUGACAGGGUCACCCCCAAACACGCCAGUCCUACACCAGGAUACGGGCAACCACUUCCAGACAUGUCCCCAAAGUCUCAGCCGUCCCCUGAUGACAUCCAUAGUAAGGAACUGCGGAGAACAGUGUCUGAGCCAACACUGAAGUGGAAGUUAAAGAAGCUCAUCAGCACAAGACCAAAUCCAUUGCAGAGAAAGAUCAGUGCCCCUCCUGCUGUCAAGCACAGGACAGAAACUCGAGACUCUUCACCCGGCAGCACCCCAGCAUCAGAUCGUAGCUCUCCUAAUGACGGCCUCCAUUCAGAGAAUGGAGCCCUCCCGCUUGCUCACGAGGCACAAAAGCUUCUGCUGAAAGAUGGUCGAUUGGCUCAUUUCACCCUGCCCACCAACCCAACUGCCCGGCCUAAUAUCACUGCAGGACUUCCUGCGCAGGUUGACCUGCGAGUAGCCAGAACUUUGGCAGUAUCAGCUCUGCCUCAAGUCUACUUACCCCUCGAUGGAAGUUUUCCAGGCCAGGCUCACGGCCUGCAGCCUGUACUCAUACUGGAGCCGCAUACUGGGCUUGUGCACUCGCAACUCAUCGCCUAUCAAGGUUUGAGUCCUCCUGCUCUGCAACAGCGACCUCACUUGACCUCUCCUACAAGAAAGGAAGGCCUCACCGCCUUUUCCUCCCACAAACCCUUGGAGCGAACACGCUCCGAACCGCCGCCCUACAGUCACGCCGUGCCCCUUCCUCUGCACGCCAGCCUUCAGUGUCACACUCAGCAAUGCCACAAAAGUGGGCUGGAGAGGUUUAAGUUGAAUUCCCUUCUGAGAAAGAUCCCAUCAGAGGACAUGGACCUGGAGGAAAUUGGAUCAGAGUCCGGAUCCAUGUGCGGCUCAGAACCGAGCUCGGUUUCCGAGGACAGCUACCUCAGAAGGCAGAGCUCUGCCAGUGCAGACUCCGUUUAUGACACAGAGUCCACCACCUCCUCACGGGAAAGCCUGAUUGAAAACUCGCAUUCUGUCGGUCAGAGGCAGUUGGUCCAUCGUCCAGCAUUUCACGUGGACUCGCCUAAUGUGCCUAUCCUGAUGUGGCCUCACCAGCCUUUAGUCCGAACCCAGUCGUCUCCAGCCUCAACCUCCCUGCCACCUCUUCACAAUGCAUCCACAAGCGUGCCCGUUUCUCUGUCCAGUCCUGCUCCAGAUGUCAAGCUGCACUUCACCACUGGUAUAGUUUAUGAUGCUCAGAUGCAAAAGCACCAGUGCACCUGCGGGGACAACAGCAGCCACCCCGAGCAUCCCGGGAGGGUCCAAAGCAUUUGGUCCCGACUGAACGAAAGAGGUCUGCGAAGCAAAUGUGAACAUCUCCGAAGUAGGAAGGCCACUUUAGAAGAGCUGCAGUCAGUCCAUUCAGAAAAACAUGUGCUUCGCUACGGCACCAACCCGCUGCACCGCCUUAAGCUAGACAACCCCAAGUUGGCUCGAAUCUUGGCUCAACGUAUAUUUGUCAUGUUACCAUGCGGAGGAGCGGGGGUUGAUAAUGACACAGUCUGGAAUGAGCUUCACACGGCAGCAGCGGCUCGUAUUGCUGCCGGCUGUGUCAUCGACCUGGCGCAGAAAGUGGCGCAAGGAGAGCUGAAGAAUGGAUUUGCAGUGGUGAGGCCACCCGGGCACCAUGCCACACAUUCCUCCCCUCUGGGUUACUGUUUCUUCAACUCAGUGGCCAUUGCUGCUAAGCAACUCCAACAGAAAGUCAAUGUCGGCAAAAUCCUCAUUGUGGACUGGGAUGUUCACCAUGGCAACGGUACCCAGGAAGCCUUUUACAAUGACCCGAGCGUCCUGUACAUCUCGCUACAUCGCUACGAUAACGGCAACUUUUUCCCUGGUAGUGGACAUCCUAAUGAGGUUGGCGCAGGGGUGGGCGAAGGUUUCAAUGUGAACAUUGGCUGGACAGGUGGUUUGAACCCUCCCAUGGGUGAUGCAGAGUACCUGGCUGCAUUCAGAACGGUAGUGAUGCCCAUCGCCCACGAGUUUUCGCCUGACGUGGUGCUGGUCUCGGCCGGAUUCGAUGCCGUCGAAGGCCAUUCGUCGCCGCUGGGAGGCUACAAAGUCACGGCCAAGUGUUUUGGGUUCCUUACUCGACAGCUGAUGUCACUAGCCGGGGGUCGCGUUGUUCUGGCUCUGGAGGGGGGGCAAGACCUCAAGGCCAUCUGCGAUGCCUCUGAAGCCUGCGUCAGCGCCUUGCUGGGAAUGGAGGUGGAACCUUUGUCCCAGUCCGUGUUGGACCAAAAGCCCUGCGACAACGCUGUACACUCACUACUGAGUGUAAUCCAGGUUCAAGGUGACUACUGGCAGAGCGUGAAGGACUCUGCGGCCACAGUGGAGCUGUCCUACCUGCAGGCCCAGAGGCGGUGGCUGAGGCGAGACUCGGACAGCGACGCCGUCGACGCCAUCGCCUCGCUUUCCAUGGGAGCUUCUGACAGGAAAAAUGCAGCCAAAACGCCAGAGAAAAGUCAUUCCACAUGAAGAGGGAAUCUUCGGAAGCAGACUACCUUCUUGCGUUCCUCAAUGGAAGAACACACACGUAAAAAUGCACACACACAAAUGUGCCUGUGAAGGAGAGCAGACAUCCCCUUGUGAUGAUCAUCGAAAAGAAAGAAUUCGUUUUGCACUAUAUACUGUCGUAUGUUGACAGUUUAGGGCUGAUUGUGCUCAGAUAUUCAGACGGAUUUUUUUUUAUCUGGUCGAGCUACAGUGAUUUAUCAUUUUUUUUUAUUUUCUCGCUUGGCCUGGAUGGAGUGUUUUUGACCAAGCCCCACCGUCAUGGCAUCAUAAUCUGCAAAGCCUGAAUGCGGCGUGACCAAUCGAAGAUGAUCGAUGUCAUGUUUUCAGGAGUCCACAGUGCACAUGCCCUCCAGGACAGGGGCUCGCUAAGACUUGAUGGUGUCGAGUCAAACUUUUUUUUUUUUUUCGUACCUAUGGAUGAGCAUUCCUGCUGUAUUUUGAAAGAAGUACUCAAUACUUAUAUGUCUUCACUAACUCCGGCACUGCCACCGAAAGCCUUUGCGAUUCAGCUGACUCGUGCACACAACUGAACAUUGUAACUCAAGCUGAGCCCGUUUAUUACAACAAUGUGCCGACGAUGGACUGGCAUAGCUUUAGGAAGUUUGUGAAUGUUAUUUUCCCCGAAAUGUUGAAAAAGAAAUCCCCAUCUCAAAGAAAUAAUUGUUUAUUUAUGCAGCACAUCCUUUGAGGUGCUCUUGUAUGUGACAAUGUGUUGUUUUGACUACAUUGCAUCUGAUCUUAAUUUCUUUGUUACUAUCAGGUUGUUUGUGCAGCCGUAAUGCUGUCAAGCACAUUAAUAAUGUUGCUGACGAUGUGAAAACAAAACCGGUCGCCCUGGUUUUUUGGGUGGCUCAUCAAGCCAUUGUUACCAUGUUGACGUUCACAUCCGACACAUCUUAAUCACCUGUUGUCUUAAUGAAAGCUUAUUUUUGUACAUAAUGACAAAGAACAACCACCCAGUGUGCUUACUUAAAGAGACCAAAUGGUGAAAUGAAGUAUCUGACCAAGCUACGUGAAGGACACGUUGAUAUGAUGCCUUUUUUUGAUUGUCUGCUUUUUAAUCUUUAUACUGUUGGAAAAAAAAGAAUCAAUUAUAUUCAUUUGAAAAAGUUGA